CUCCCUCUCCGUCCGCCGUGCCUAUAACUACGCCACCGCGGCCGCCCUCGCAAACGAUCUGCCAUUCCCAUCGCAUCUUCCAAGCACCAAUCUCUUUUUUGCCCCAGAUCGUACACGAAACGAAAUUCUCUGCUGAGUUCGCGCGCGGCGUUCCGGCGGCCCGACUUGCAUGCUUGCCGCGAUCGGGCAGAGGAGAUGGGGAACUGUCUCGAGAGUUCUCGUCGCGGUAGCUGCGGCGGCGGUGGCGGCGCCGCCGUGCAUUAUUCCAAGACGCGCGCCGUGUGGGUGGAGGAGGAGGAGGUCGGCAGGAAGGAGGAGGAGGCGCGCAAGGGCGAGAGCGCUCCGGCGGCAGGGGCGGCGGCGACCACAGAGGUGAAGAUCAGGAUCACGAGGAAGCAGCUGGAGGAGCUGCUGCGGCGCGUCGAGGACGGCAAGGAAAGCGGCGACGGCGUGCCGGCCCGGGACGUCGUCUCGGAGCUGCUGAUCGUGGCGAGCACCAGCUCCAACUUCCGGCACAGGGACGAGGGGCAGUGGCGGCCGUCGCUGCAGAGCAUACCCGAGUGAGCUUGUUGCUACAUCUACGACGAUACCCCAGCAUGAUGUCUUAUUGUUGUUACUCCUAUUGCCCUAUUGGCUUCAUAUAUACUAUCAUAGGCAUAGCACCUAGUAGGCUAGUAGUAGUGCAGUAGCAUAGUAUUCAUUGGGUAUUUGGGUGUACAUUUGUAUAGGUUUGGAUCAAUAAUACAUGAGUUCGAGAUAGGCUAUGUAUUAGUUGUGUGGUGCUUGUGAAUUGAGCAACUAGUGGCUAGGAGGGCCUCUUCCAUUGCUUGCUGUACGAUUUUUUUGGACACUGGGGUCGCACAAUUGCGUACAUAUAUAGUACUAUCUAUUACUAUUAUUA